ACAUCUGAUGACGCGUCGUUGUUGUUUCCAACUUGGGCUGCUUUCAACAUGACUUUUCCCACUUGUUGCUAUGUUGUGGCGCUCUCGCUCGCUCGCUCGCUCGCUUUUGUGCGCGGCAGGCAGCACGAAGGAAGGGUCGGGCUAAGCAUGCAGAGCUCCGAGGGCGGCUCCGACACUCCGCCCAGCGUGGCGACGCUGCGGACGUCAUCGUCGGCCCAGGCCCCUGUCGUGCAACCCGUCCCGGCCUCCCAACAGAGAGCGCUGGUACAAGCCACAGGCUCAGUUCAGAAAGGAGGACAAGUACAGCAGCUUUCAGUAUCCAGGGCUCAACAGGUUCCACCUCAGGUGCAGCAAUCACAGCAUGUCUAUCCGUCCCAGGUGCACUACGUCGGGGAAGGCGGAGAGGCUGUUUACACCAACGGAACAAUUCGCACGGCCUACUACAACCCAGAGGCUCAGUUGUACGGCCAGAGCAGCGGGGGGUCCUACUUUGACUCGCAGGCCGGCGGAGCGCACGUGGCCACCGUGGUCUCUUCUGCCAGCGGUGGGGUGCCGCCUCAUAGCAUGGUGGGCAUCGCCAUGGACGUAAGCAGCAGCCAUAUCAUCUCCAGCGGCAGCACCUAUUUGAUCCACGGAGGAAACAUGGAAGGAAGCCGCAACCACAUAUCUCACUCUUCUCGCUCCUCUUCGGCCAUGCUUGAAAUGGCGAUUGAAAACCUCCAAAAGUCUGAAGGAAUUGCAAGUCACAAAAGCAGCCUGCUCAACAGCCAUCUCCAGUGGCUGCUGGACAACUACGAGACGGCGGAGGGCGUGAGCCUGCCCCGCUGCUCCCUCUAUAACCAUUACUUGCGCCAUUGCCAGGAGCAGAAACUAGAUCCGGUCAAUGCUGCCUCUUUUGGCAAGCUGAUCCGCUCCGUCUUCAUGGGCCUCAGGACCCGACGCCUCGGAACCAGAGGCAACUCAAAGUAUCAUUAUUAUGGCAUUCGGGUGAAGCCAGACUCACCGCUCAACCGGCUGCAAGAGGACACCCAGUACAUGGCCAUGAGGCAGCAGCCCGUCCACCAGAAACAAAGGUUCAAACCUCUGCAGAAGGUGGACGGAAUGCCCGACAACCUGUGCGUCAACUCUCAUUGUAACAACACUCCGGAACAGUCGGUGGCAGCUCAGAGCCAACACCAUCAGCAGUACAUCGACACAGCCCACAGUUUGCCCGAGUUCCCCGCUCCUGACGUGGGCACUCAGCCUCUGCCAGAGCGCAUCACUUUGAAUGACAUUAAGAAGCUGCAGAGCCUCUACAGAGACCACUGCGAGGCCACACUGGAUGUGGUGAUGAACCUCCAGUUCCACUACAUUGAGAAACUCUGGCAGACCUUUUGGUACUCAACAGCGACAUCUAGUGACGGGAGCACCACCAUCGCCAGCAGUGACGAUGAACUGGAAGGUGUGCUGCCCAGAGAGAAACUGGUGAAUCUUUGUAAAUAUGAACCAGUACGACUAUGGAUGAGGAGCUGCGAUCACAUCCUCUACCAGGCCUUGGUCGAGAUCCUCAUCCCAGAUGUGCUGCGCCCUGUCCCCAGCACUCUCACUCAGGCCAUCAGGAACUUUGCCAAGAGUCUGGAGGGAUGGCUGACUAACGCCAUGACCAGCUUCCCUCAAGAAAUCAUCCGCACUAAGGUGGCAGUGGUCAGUGCCUUUGCGCAGACGCUGAGACGUUACACCAGCCUCAACCACCUGGCCCAGGCGGCGCGUGCCGUCCUCCAGAACACCUCACAGAUCAACCAGAUGCUCUCCGACCUCAACCGGGUUGACUUUGCUAACGUCCAGGAGCAGGCGUCGUGGGUGUGCCAGUGCGACGAGAGCGUGGUGCAGCGUCUGGAGCAGGACUUCAAAGUCACCCUGCAGCAGCAGAGUUCUCUGGACCAGUGGGCCACUUGGCUGGACAACGUGGUCACUCAGGUUCUCAAGCCCCACCAGGGCAGCCCCAGCUUCCCCAAGGCAGCGCGGCAGUUUCUGCUGAAAUGGUCCUUCUACAGCUCCAUGGUCAUUCGAGACCUGACUCUGCGCAGUGCCGCCAGUUUCGGUUCCUUCCACCUGAUCCGCCUGCUGUACGAUGAGUACAUGUUCUACCUGGUGGAGCACCGUGUAGCUCAGGCCACUGGAGAGACGCCCAUCGCUGUCAUGGGGGAGUUCAGUGACCUGACCUCCAUGAUGCCAUCACUCAUGGAAAAAGAUGUGUCCUUCUCGGACGAGCUGAGUGACCUGGGUAGCGACGCCGACGUGUCCCGGAGCGAGCCGGCCGUGAAGCGGGAGCGCAUCGAAAUGAGCCACCCUCUGCAGGAGAUGUGAGGCCGCUCCGCUCCGCUCCCUCCGUGCAGGAGAUGUGAGGCCGUUCGGCCCGGCCCGGCCCACAUGGCGUCCUUCGCCCGUGUACAUUUUUUCGCCGCUUGAUCAAGUGGUUGUGAUGUCAGUCCUAGCAACGCUAACAGUGCUGCCUUUUCUUUUCCAAGGAAGCAAUCUCAACACACAACUAAUAUUCUCUUUUUGUUUUGUGCAACUGUGAAUGAGUUUGUGCAGUCCAUUAUUUUAUGGGUGGGUGGGUGGGGUGUAACGCGAUGUGUGCGGUGGUCAAGUGUUGUUGUUUUUUUUAUGAUUCAGCUUGUUUGAAUUCAAUUAGCUGUGCCAUGGUGUCAUUUGAGUGCCUUAGAUUGCUAACUUGGACUCUAGAUGUCAGGCUGUCCCCUCAGCUGUGCCUCGACCGCACUAUGAAUGUAUCGUCGGCAAACCUCAUCCAAGCAAGCACCUUUCACCAAGCAAAAGUGGAGGUGUGAGCGUGUGUGUGCAUGUGUGUUUACUUGUGGCCUCUGCUGCACUUUGCAGCUCACAAAAUGGGAAAAUCAAAUAAACAUGCAACUGAUGGACCCAAAGGACCUUAA